AUGCAGAUGCUGUACAUUGAAGAGAUAUUUUCUCAAACAAUAACUGAUUUUCGUUGCAGCCUGAUAACAAAGUUCUACCAGCACAUCCUUGCCUUGGUGUUUGCCAUCCAUGAGAUCAACAAGAACCCCAGCAUCUUGCCCAAUGUCACUCUUGGGUUCCACAUCCAUGACUCCCUCAUGGAUCCGAAAUGGACAUACAGGACCACCCUGGACCUCCUCUUCACAUCACUUGAACUCGUCCCAAACUACAAAUGCGGCACCCAGAAAAAAGUGAUGGGUGUCGUUGGGGGAUAUAGUUCUGAUACCUCAUCAGACAUGGCCAUUCUCUUAAGUCGUUACAAGAUCCCACAGUUUUCCUGUGGCUCACUUGAAUCAGAAGUGGAUAACCCAACCACUUUCCCUUCCUUUUACCGCAUGUUCCCUAAGGAAGCCCUUCAGUAUGAGGGAAUUCUCCAGCUACUUCUGCAUUUCAGCUGGAAAUGGGUUGGGCUCAUCACCUUGGAUGAUGAAGGUGGAGACCGUUACUUGCAGGUGAUGCAGCCGAUGCUUUCUAGCAAUGGAAUCUGUGCGGCCUUCAUAGAAAAGGCUACAACAGAGGUCCAGUUGGAUGACAUGGAUUUUAUGAUCAAAUACUAUGGCAAUAGUAAAGCAGAUUUCCUGGACAACAACGCCAAUAGAAUCGCUUUCAACAACAGUGCCGGAGAUGAAGUGACCUUUAACGAACGUGGAGAAUUAAAAGGUGGAUUUGAUAUUACCAACUUGGUCACUUUUCCAAAUAAGUCCUAUGUCAGAGUCAAGAUCGGGAGGCUGGAUCCUCAGGUUCUGCUUAGUAAAAGAGUGAUCAUCUAUGAGGACAGAAUUCAGUGGAACAGACACCUCGCACAGCUGCCUCCCUUAUCUGUGUGUAAUGACAACUGCAAGCCUGGUUAUAGCAAGAAAAAGAAGGAAGGGGAACAAUUCUGCUGCUACAAUUGUGAUCCGUGUCCAGAGGGGAAAAUUUCUGACAAAGAGGACAUGGAUUAUUGCAUGACUUGCUCAGAAGGACAUUAUCCAAACCUGGGACAGGUCCAAUGUAUUCCCAAGAUUCCAAAUUUCCUUUCUUUUUCUGAACCCUUGAGCAUGAUUUUAGCCUUUUUGGCUCUCUUCUUUUCUCUGAUCACAGCCCUGGUGCUUGCAAUCUUUGUCAAGUACAAAGAUACCCCCAUUGUUAAAGCCAACAACCGGAGCCUCACCUACUGUCUACUCAUCUCUCUCCUUCUCUGCUUCCUCUGCUCCUUGCUGUUCCUCGGACAGCCUAACAAGGUGACCUGCCUCCUUCGUCAAACGACUUUUGGCGUCGUCUUCUCAGUUGCUGUUUCUUCUGUCUUGGCAAAAACUGUUACAGUCAUUGUAGUGUUUAUGGCCUCUAAGCCAGGAAACAUUUUUCGAAAGUGGGUGGGGAAACAAUUGGCAUAUUACAUUGUUCUCUCUUGCUUCUUUGUUCAAGUUGGCAUAUGUGCUGCUUGGCUGGCAUCUUCUCCUCCUUUCCCAGAUGUGGACAUGCAUUCACUCAGUAGAGAAAUCAUCGUGCAAUGCAAUGAAGGGUCAGCCACCAUGUUUUACUGUGUCUUGGGCUACAUGGGCUUACUGGCCUCAGUCUGCUUCAUGGUGGCUUUCCUCGCCAGAAAGUUGCCCGACAGUUUCAACGAAGCCAAGUUCAUCACCUUCAGCAUGUUGGUCUUCUGCAGUGUUUGGCUGUCCUUUGUCCCCACCUACCUGAGCAGUCAAGGAAGAGACACGGUGGCAGUGGAGAUCUUCUCUAUCUUGGCCUCCAGUGCUGGGUUGCUGGGCUGCAUCUUUUUUCCCAAAUGCUAUGUCAUUAUCCUGAGGCCUGAGUUGAACAGAAGAGAGCAGCUGAUCAGGAAAAAUCAUUAA